AACGUGGAUCGAGAAGUCAGCGCUCUCAGGAGGCCGACAAUUUUGUUGAAGAAAGAAGUGGAAGAAAAAAAUACAACCGUGACGAGUUUGGGAAAGAUUUUACUGUGAAAGCUUCCCUAAAAAUGCAUCAAGUUAUCCACACCGGAGAGAGACCAUUCAGCUGUGGAGACUGUGGAGAGUCUUUUACCAGGUCUGCAAGCUUAAAAAGACACCAACUGAUCCACAGUGGAGAGAGACCGUUCAGCUGUGGAGACUGUGGAGAGUCUUUUACCAGGUCUGGACACUUAAAAACACACCAACUGAUCCACAGUGGAGAGAGACCGUUCAGCUGUGGAGACUGUGGAAAGUCUUUUACCACGUCUGGACACUUAAAAACACACCAACUGAUCCACAGUGGAGAGAGGCCGUUCAGCUGUGACGAGUGUGGAAAGUCUUUUACCAGGUCUGGAAACUUAAAAACACACAAACUCAUCCACAGUGGAGAGAGACCGUUCAGCUGUGACGAGUGUGGAAAGUCUUUUACCAGGUCUGGAAAGUUAAAAACACACAAACUCAUCCACAGUGGAGAGAGACCGUUCAGCUGUGACGAGUGUGGAAAGUCUUUUACCAGGUCUGGAAAGUUAAAAACACACAAACUCAUCCACAGUGGAGAGAGACCGUUCAGCUGUGACGAGUGUGGAAAGUCUUUUACCAGGUCUGGAAAGUUAAAAACACACAAACUCAUCCACAGUGGAGAGAGACCGUUCAGCUGUGACGAGUGUGGAAAGUCUUUUAUCCACUCUGGAAGCUUAAAAACACACAAACUCAUCCACACUGGAGAGAGACCGUUCAGCUGUGGAGACUGUGGAAAGUCUUUUACCGAGUCUGGAAGCUUAAAAAGACACCAACUAAUCCACACUGGAGAGAGACCGUUCAGCUGUGGAGACUGUGGAAAGUCUUUUACGCGCAUUUCACACUUAAAAUCACAUCAACUCAUCCACAGUGGAGAGAGACCGUUCAGCUGUGACGAGUGUGGAAAGUCUUUUAUCCACUCUGGAAGCUUAAAAACACACAAACUCAUCCACACUGGAGAGAGACCGUUCAGCUGUGGAGACUGUGGAAAGUCUUUUACCGAGUCUGGAAGCUUAAAAACACACAAACGCAUCCACACUGGAGAGAGACCGUUCAGCUGUGACGAGUGUGGAAAGUCUUUUGCCCACUCUGGAAGCUUAAAAACACACAAACUCAUCCACACUGGAGAGAGACCGUUCAGCUGUGGAGACUGUGGAAAGUCUUUUACCGAGUCUGGAAGCUUAAAAAGACACCAACUAAUCACACUGGAGAGAGACCGUUCAGCUGUGGAGACUGUGGAAAGUCUUUUACGAGCAUUUCACACUUAAAAUCACAUCAACUCAUCCACAGUGGAGUUAAAGCGUACACCUGUGAUCAGUGUGGCAGAGCUUUUACUCACAGUUACAGCUUACAGAAUCAUCUAGUUACCCACUCUGGAAUUAAGGCGUACAGCUGUGACAUUUGU